UUAAUCCACAAUGGAGGCUGAAGCCAGCGCGUCGCACGCGGCCCCAAUCCUGGAGACAGGCAACGGGGACAUCAAGAUGCUCAAACGGAUGGAGACAGUUCCCGAUAUCAAGAGAGACACAGCGGGAAUUACUACGCAAUACAUUGCUACUGGUAUAGUUAAUCUUGGAGCCUUCGCUGCCGGAGUUUGCGUAGCCUGGUCAUCAUCAGCACUGCCGCUACUCACCAGUUCCUCGGGGGUGGAACCAAGUGAAAUGCGAGUGGGACAAACUUUGCCGACCAACGGAACUGAAAACAGACUUGAGCUAACAGAGUCCGAGGCAUCCUGGGUGGCUUCCCUGCUCUGCCUGGGCGCAGUCUUUGGCUCCAUACCUGCUGGACUCAUCUCCGAGUACUUCGGACGGAAGAAGACCCUGCUGUACCUGGCGCUGCCGCUUCUUGUGUCCUGGAUCAUGGUUGGCUCAAGUCCGAACGUGUACGGUCUGUAUGUGGGGCGGUUCGUGGGCGGCGUGGCCGUGGGUGCCUUCAGCGUGGCCAUCCCGCCCUAUGUGGCAGACAUCGCCGAGAAGAAUCUCUGGCCCACGCUGGCCAACUUCUACCAUGUGCACUUCUCCUGCGGGAUACUGUUUGGAUAUAUUAUUGGUAUGGUGCAAAGUACAUCUUGGCUGUCAAUCCUCUGCGCCAGCAUUCCGACCGCCUUCUUCAUCGCCUUCAUCUUCCUCCCCGAGUCUCCUGCCUACUACAUGUCCCAGGGAAAGAACGCCGAGGCCAAAGCUGCCAUGAGAUACUUUCGAGGCAUUGACAACGAUAUCGACUCAGAACUUAAAGCAUUGAAAGAGCAAAUCAGAAAUUAUGCAAGGAAUAGAGUAACUUUCAAACAGCUCUUCAAAACCAGGUCCACUUUAAAAGCACUUUUCGUUUCUUUUGGACUUAUGAUCUUUCAGCAGAUGAGCGGCAUAUACCCUGUCAUUUUCUAUACAGAGAAGAUCUUUAAGGAUUUCUCAAUCUCUCUUAAUCCGCCAGGAGCAGCGAUCAUUUUAGGGUUCUGCUUAGUUUCUUCAACAUAUUUCUCAACUAUGCUCCUGAGGUCUUUUAGAAGAAGAGUUUUACUUAUGAUUUCUUUUAUAACCAUGGCUGUAAGCUUAGGUUCCUUAGCAAUCUAUUACCAUAUGAAUGCUGGACGAAUUCAGGAUAGCAGCACAUGGGUACCGCUUUUCACUCUUUGUAUAUACGUGAUCGUCUAUGCUAUGGGUGCUGGUCCUAUUCCCUGGUUAAUGUUGAGAGAAAUCUUUCCUGCUAAUGUGACUAGGAGAGCAUCAGCUAUAACCGCUGGUUUUCAUUGGUUCCUAGCCUUUGGAGUCACCAAAUUGUACCAGAAUUUAGUAGCCAACGUAAAGACUGGUUGGACAUUAUGGCAUUUCGCGGUUACCUGUAUCGUUGGGACGAUCUUCGUUUAUUUCUUCGUGCCUGAAACGAAAGGGAAGACGUUAGAGGAGAUUCAACAGGCGUUUGAUGGGAUACAGAAGAAGAAGAAGCAUAGGCAUGUCAUAGAAGUUGAGAGCUUGUCAGAUGCUGAAGCUGUGUAAUACUAAAUCUCAGAAAAAAGUUACGGCAAUCAUACUUUAAUUUAGGGAUGCAGACGAUAUUAUAU